AUGGAGCUUGACACACACGCUCUCGCCCUCCUCCCGCUGGUGCUUGCCUCGCUGGCGAUGUUCCUCCAGCCUGCCGUUGCAACCCAUGGCAUGCCACGCCCCAGCGGAGGCUUCAGCCUGCGCCUGGUGCCCAGCGCCGGCUGGAACAGCACCAUGCACGUCGACGGCGGCGGCUUCCUGCACCUCAACGAGCAGGCAGCCACCACUGCGCUUCGGCCGCAUUUCCACGGGCCGAGAGGGCUGACAUACAGCGUGGCCACCACCGUCGGGACGGGCCGCGGCCGCCGCACCUACGACCUGGUGCUGGACACGGUCAGCAGCCUGACAUGGAUGCAGUGCUUGCCGAUUGCGCAUCCGUUCCCACAGAUGCCGCCGCCCUUCAACCCGGAGGUCUCGACGUCGUUCAGACGCGUCCCGCACGGGAGCGACCUGUGUCAUAAGCCAUCCAGGGGCAACGAUUGCGAGUUCCGGGCCACUCGCCUCGACGGCGCGCACGCGAGCGGUGUGCUCGGCAUCGAGACCUUCGCCUUCGCGGACGAUGGCGGGCGCGCCGCAGCCGCGGAGGUUGGUGUAGUACUAGCCGGCGUCCUCGGCCUGGGGAAGCAGAUGCCGUCUCUCAUCUGGACUCGGCUCCGCCAGCACCGGCAGGACGGCCGCUUCUCCUACUGCCUCUUCGGCCCCACGCGUCCGGAGAGGCACGGCUUCCUCCGGUUCGGCGCCGAUGUCCCGGCCACCGGCCACAUGAAGAGCACCAACAUCCUCUACAUGCGCUGGACCAGCCCGGAUUUCAGCGCCUACUUCGUGAAACUCCUCGGAGUCAGCGUCGCCGGCAAGCGCCUGGUCGGGCCACCUGGACGCCGCAUGAGCGAAUUAUUCCAGCGCCACAAGUCGGGCGGUAGGUGGUACGGCGGGUGCCUGAUCGAUCCCGGGACGGGCAGGACGACGAUGACGCAGCUCGCGUACAACGUCCUGGAGCACGCCGUGGAGGAGCACGUCAAGAGACUGGGGAUGCCGCUUGUGAGGCGCCACGGGUAUCGCCUGUGCUUCAGCGGCGCGACUCAGGCCGCCUUCCCGCACCUGCCGACGAUGACGCUGCACUUCGAGGAGGGCGGGGAGGAGGACGGUGACCUCGUGAUAAGGCCGCAACAACUCUUCGUCUUCGUUCAGCGCGACAUCUGCCUCGCCGUGGUGCCGAGCGAGCACAUGACCAUCAUCGGCGCGAUGCAGCAGGUGGACACGCGCUUCGUCUAUGACAUCACAGCCGGCAAGAUCCACUUCGCUCCCGAGAGAUGCAGCGACGAUACAGGCGGCCCCAACUGAACUAGGAUGUGGGCUUCCAGUAAUCCCUAAUUAAUGGGGCAGUAAUCUGCGUCGGUGCGCCGGCCGAAAGUUUCAGCCUGUCGCACCGCAGCCGCCCGAUGCAUGUGCGCACAGCCGUCGGAUUG